AGACAGGGUAACACGUAGAGCCUGGUACUCCAUGUACACGGUUGUAUUCCCAGUUUCAUGGGGAGCAGAUACCUUUACCGUACCGUAGCAGCUAGAACCAGAAGCGCAUCCGAUUUUCUUCAAGAAGAGUUUCACCAUUCGGUUCACCGUGGUAAAGGUAUGUUCCAUGUUCCUGGGAGGCACUUGUUGCUGCAGAGGCUUCUGGGGUAUGGUUUCUUUAGCAAGAAGAGGUAUCAUGGUGAUAUUCUGAAGACUGACUCAAAUAAUCUGCAGGGGAGGCCGUCCAAACGGCAAUUGCUUGCCAUGCUAUUAGAGUGCCGCAUGGAGCUCUACUGUGGCCUCGUUAUUGUUGUCUAUUGUUGUCCUUGACCACUCUCAACCAGGUAGCUAGCUAGCAAGUAGCGUUCCGGUACCAGUACCGGUACCAUGCAGCUGGCUCGACAAGAGAGCUCCCACGAGCACCAUGAUUGGCCAAGUGUGUAGACAUAGAUCAAUUUCCACCACGUGGCUGCCGGAAGUAUGGAGUGACGAGUGACUCGACUCAGUCCAGUCAGACGAAUGGAAAACGCACAUGGCUCAGCCUCCACAUCAACACCCUUGAGAACCACCAAAGAUAGAUGACGGAUGGAUCGAGUUGAAUUCGUUGGCUUGCUCACACAGAACAAUUACCACCAAACGAAACUUCUGACGAUGAAUCUGGAACAUAUUUUCCUCAGAGUUGGUUUCAUAAAACCAUCAAGGUACCAGAAUCACCGACCAAAAUGAGCAACCUUCGAUCGUUAUUGCUGCUGAGCCUCUUGACGGCCAGCAGCGCGUUUACUAGUUUUUGCCCUUCGACUGCCUUUGCCCCGAGGACCAAUGGAUGUUCUUUGUCCAUGUCUGCCGUGUUGGAGGAGGCGGCACCCACUACCGCCAAUGGAGUUGAUGCUGACAAAAUCAGGAAUAUUGCUGUGAUUGCCCAUGUCGAUCACGGAAAGACAACUUUGGUGGAUGCUCUCAUCAAACAAUCAGGGGUGUUUCGUGAUGAAUCCAAAGCCGAAGAAGCUGGGGAACGUGUGAUGGACAACGAGGAUCAAGAAAGAGAACGUGGAAUUACCAUCUUGGCAAAGAACCUGGCUGUGGUGCGUGACGGGUACAAAAUCAACAUUAUGGAUACCCCGGGUCACGCUGACUUUGGAGGUGAAGUGGAACGUGUCUUGAACAUGGCGGAUGGAGUUUUGCUCGUUGUGGACAGUGUGGAAGGACCCAAACCACAGACACGAUUUGUUUUGGACAAGGCACUGCAAAAGGGAAUGAAGGCUCUGGUGGUGGUCAACAAAAUUGAUCGUCCUGCAGCAAGACCGGAGUAUGUGGUUGACAACGUCUUUGACUUGUUUGUGGAACUGGGAGCCACCGAUGAGCAAACGGAUUUCCGUGUGGUUUAUGCAUCAGGAUUGUUGGGACAGGCUGGUGAUGAGCCAGAUGACCUUGCCGCCGACAUGGGACCAUUGUUCGAUGCUGUCAUUGAAUCCAUCGAUCCUCCUGCUGUGCAGACCACUGAAGCGGACGCUCUUCAGGCUCUUGUGAGCAACAUUGACUAUGAUCCAUUCAAGGGAAAGCUGGGAAUUGCCCGUAUCACCAAUGGAUCCAUCAAGGCCGGACAACCUAUUUCUCUGGCUCGCCCUGAUACACCUAAGAAGACUGGACGUCUCAAUGAUCUUUUCGUUUUUGACAACUUGGGUAAGAAGGCAGUUACGGAAGCCUCAGCUGGAGAAAUUAUCAUGUUUGGUGGUUUGGGUGACGUUGAAAUCGGUGACACCUUGGUUACCAAUGAAAAUGGUGGAGCCAACGCGGCCGAACCACUUCCUCCUAUUGCUGUGGAACAACCCACUGUUCGAAUGACGAUCGGGGUCAACAAGAGCCCUCUUGCUGGCCGAGAAGGAAAAUUUCUCACCAGUCGCAUGAUCCGGGAUCGUCUCUUCAAGGAGCUUGACCGCAAUGUGGCACUUCAAGUGGCAGAAACUGAAUCUGCGGAUCGCUACCAAGUCUCAGGACGCGGUCAGCUCCACUUGACGGUGCUCAUUGAAACCAUGCGUCGUGAAGGUUUCGAGCUUGAGGUCGGACCACCAACCGUCAUUAACAAAGUAAACGAAGAAACUGGAAAGACGGAAGAACCAUGGGAAUCCGUUGAAGUACGUGUUCCGGAGGAGUACAGUGGAGGUGUGAUUGAUUUGCUGAAUAACCGCAAAGGAGAGAUGCAAGAUAUGUCCCUUGAAGAGAAUAUGUCUGUUGUCAAAUACCUGGUGCCCACUCGUGGUAUGCUUGGGCUUCGUUCAUCCCUUCUGACUGCCACCAGGGGUACCGCCAUUGUGGAUAGUGUGUUCGACUCCUACCGUCCCAGAGUCCAAGAGGAAAUUAAUGGACGCGACAAGGGAUCCCUGUUGGCCUUUGCUGAUGGGCCUGUAACUUCAUUUGGCAUCGAAGGUGCUCAAAACAGAGGAAACAUGUUUGUUUCACCAGGAGAAGAUGUCUACAAGGGAAUGAUUGUUGGGAUUCACCAACGUCCCGGUGAUCUGGAAGUGAACGUUUGCAAAACCAAGGCAUUGACUAACAUGCGGUCUGCUACCAAGGGAAUCACAACCGGUAUCGUUGCGCCUGUGGAGAUGUCCCUUGAUGCCAGCGUCGAAUAUCUGGCUGCUGAUGAAAUUAUGGAAGUCACUCCCAGUCUCUUCCGUAUGGCAAAGAACCCUGCAAUGCAAGGAAAGAAGAAGAAGGGGGGGAAGAAAUAGGCGUCGUCCGCACAAAUCGAACGACGUCACUGUCAUUAGGUUUCGCCAUGAGCAGCGUUGCUCAGCUUUUGUUUAGUUUUGUGUAAGUCUCUCUAGAUAGAACAAUAGCGAAUUCAAUUUAACUAUUCCAUCAAUAGCUGGCACUCCUGAAGGUUGACCAGCCUACAAAGACUUGCAGCGGUACUGCCAAGCCCCUUCAACGAUUUCGAGGAGAGCUGACUAGAGAGUUCGAUGGAACUCGUGUUUCUCAAAGCGACGAUACAGCCAUAUUAUCAUGGAAGUAUUACCUUUUCUUAUUAGCUUCAUUGUUUACUACUGA